CGACAAUACCCGAAGUCCUCAGCAGAAUAAAAAUACAGAUUUUUGUUAUUUUUCUCUACAAAAUCACAAAGAAUAUAACCUGAUUGACUUAUUAAUCAAUUAAAAUAUUCAUAAACAAAUCAGUAACUUGCUAUUGAUUUAUUCUUAACGCGCAGUCGUUAAUUUUCUGUUAUUUUUUAUAAAAAAAAAAAAAAACUAUUUUGACAGACGUCAUGGCUGUUGCUUUUAGUGAAUCGAAAAAUCACAGUGAUCGUGAAAGAUGGGUAUGCAUUUAUCCACUUUACAUAAACAGCAAGAAGUCUCGAGCAGAAGGCCGUAAAUUGACUAAAUCGAAGUGCGUUGAGAAUCCAACUCACCAGGAAAUACGCGACGUUUUGCUGGCAGCCGGUCUAAAAGUCGGUGUAGAAAACAAAUUACAUCCAAAGGAACGUAGCAAAGAACUGUUGUAUCGUGGACGCAUACGGGUCCAAUUGAAAAACGAUGAUGGAACUCCAGUUAAUUCAGAUUAUCCUACUCGUGAUUCGCUGCUGCAUUAUGUAGGAUCAAGUAUUCCUAAUUUAAAAACACGUCAAGGUAAACAGAGCUCUAGUGAACCUCAGCAGUCUUCUGCGACAGCCAAAAAAGGCAAAGGAAAAGGACGUAGAUAAAUUAUUAGGUUUUGUAAAAUAAAUAUGUCUGUUAAAUUAAUUGUUUAACGACAAGUUAUCAUUUCAGAUUUUUUAUUGUAAUUAUUUUUUUCAUUCAUGCAAUUUGUACGAGAGUUAAUUAUAAAUUUAUAUUUAUAUACUUUGGUAUGUAUAUAUCAUAGAAUUAAAUGAAUAAAAAUAUUAAUUAUAAUAUAUUA